AUGAAUGAUGUUACUAUGAACUCUAUAUAGGGAUUUCAAGCUUAGCUACUAUUACUGAAAUACAAUAAUGUUCUUUAAUCUCAUUAUAAUGAUUAUCGCAUUUUAGGUGCAUAUAGAGUAAAUAUCGUGAAGAUUUUUAUUCUAGCUAUUAUAACCAAAUGCCUUUCAAUAAGUUGUUGAUAAUCUAAGUUAUUUUUCAUACAAUACAAUUUCUCUUUAACAAAUAUAGUUUAACUCAACUAUAAUAUUAGUAUCCACCUCAUUUAAUAGAAUUUCUAAAUUCAUAAAUCACUUCAAAUUAAAUGGAUUAUUCAUUACUUUAAAUGGAGGAACUACUCUUUCAAAAUAACAAAAUAAAAAAGUAAUAAUCUAAUACUUUAAAUCAAUUUUUUUUUUGAAUGCCAAAAGGUGCUAUUUCUGCAAUUACUUGAAUUUAUUUAUAUUUUACUUAUUACUUUCUAUUUUCAAAUAGAUUUAAUUUAAUAAUCUUGAAGCAUUAUUAAAAAUAUAAGCAGAAUCGAAGAUUUCUUAAACUAAAAAUCUUUUUAAAAGUAAGUACAAUAAUUUGGUUUCAAGCUCAAGAAUUAAUAUUUUCAUAAGAAAUUCCUAAUGUACAUUAAGUAAUACUUUAUUAAUCUUUUUUUAGUCCACUAUUGUAUUUUACAAAUUUUAACUUUGAUUCACCUUUUUAAAUAUUCCAUAGCCUUAUUGCCCAUUUGUGGCUUAUUUAUAAUUUCUAUAAAAAGCUUACAAUUGUUGUCUAUUAUCUAUUCCCAUAUUCAUUAUCAAUAAUAUGGAAGUAAUUUACUAAGAUGUGAAAAUCUAAUCUUUUGCUGUCAAUCAUAAACCCUUUUACAUUUAUAAAACUUUAUACUACAAAUUUAUUAUUUGUUUGAAUUUAUAGUAUACCCAAAGUAUAAUCUAUGGUACUCUUUAUCUUAUUACCUUAUAUACUUGAUUAAGUGUAAACCUUUAAAAUCACCUUAUGAAGGAAGUAAGCUAAAAUAUAGAGAAUUCCUGUUUUUGAUAAUCACAAGAUCAUUCUUGAUUUAUUUUUUUGAGCUUAGUUACGACACAUGUCUGUUAUUUGGGUGGAUGCAUAUUGGACUGAUUUCAUUAAUGUUAAGUAUUAAUUUAAUUAUAGAUUUAUUUUGUUAUAAAAAGCUCUUAAGUAAUUAACAAAACAAAAAUUGAUUCGAUUAUAUAAUCAUGAUUGUUAAAUUAAGAUAUUAAUGAUUUUGUUGUGUAAUUAUCAUCAGUUUUGCUUUGAAAAAGCAUAUCAAUAACAAAUAAUACCAUUGGUUUACAAAAUUAAAUUUGGAAAGUUGAUAUAAUAUACUUUUUGA